AUGCCACAAAUGGGAUCAAAUCUGUACUCUCACUUUGGCCAUAAAGGAAAGGGAGAAAWAAAAAGCGCUUACGCCCUGAGCCGUGUCGGCAAAUGGGCGCUCAAUGGAUCAGCUUAUACWCUGGAGGAGUUCAAACAAAUUGGCGACAACUCACUGGACGACCGAUACAGUGAUGACCUCUUCCAUGCCUUGAGUACAUUGGUUGUCGUCAACAGAAUAUUCCUCGACUUAACUAAAAUGAAGUCAAUUCCCGACAAUGCCUUUCGUAUAGUUAAUGGCAAACAAAUUAAUUUAAACUCAAUUCAUCUCAAUUAUAUCGGCGGACGGUAUGGUAGUCUAGAAGUGAUUGGUGGCCGAAGUUUCUAUUAUUUGGAUAAUUUACGAGACUUAUCRCUCGCCAAUCAACCCAUCAGACUCUUAAAAAGGCAUUCAUUUGACUUUGAGUUAACCCAAAGUCAAGAUUUGGACCUCCAUUUGGAUGCCACUGCUAUUACAGGCGAUAGCUUUGAAUCGGGAAUAUUCCUGGACUCUAAACGUCCGAUUACUGUUGAGGCAUCCAAUGUCAAUAUAACCUACUUUAGGGAAAGUGUAUUUAGGCCGGUGUUUGAGUURCCCGACUCAAAAAUGAUCACUUUUUUGGUGGAAAACAAUCCAUUACAAUGUGAUUGUACUGUCUAUUGGAUGUUCAGGGAAAGGGAGCGCUUGCAGUAUCGGGUAAUAGAGCCGACGUGUGCCGGAACUGAUGGAAAAUCAUUGUGGACUUUGACUGAUGAAGACUUCAAAAAUUGYUAA